AUGCCUCCCUCGCAGAAAAAAGAAAUCUUGCCCUCCCACUCUCUCGCUCUCCUCCAAUCUGCGGUCUUCCAUCGGUUUUGCUUUUAUCAUCAUCGCCACAUCAUGGACAAUCUCACGUUUCUCCUCGCCGCGGCCACCGGCAAUACCACCGCCAUCGAGCAAGGCUACCUCAGCAACAAAUCCAUCCUGACAGCCACCAAUCCUGACGGCAGAACUGCUCUCCACCUCGCCGCCCUUCAUGGCCACAUCGCCGUGAUCCAACAGCUCAUCACCUACGGUGCAACCCUCUCCGCAAAGGACUCAAACGGCCAAACAGCCCUGCAUCUCGCAGCACAAGGGUCUGCGCCCGCGCCUGAUAUCGUCGGGCUCCUCCUCCAAAACGACAGUGGCUCAGCCUGCUCCAUUCGCGACAAAAACGGCAAGACUGCCGUUUUCUACGCCUACCACAACCCCAAUGACAGGGUGCUCGCUGAGUUCCAGAAAUACGCCCCGACUUGUGGCUCAGGAUGCGCCCUUACGCCGUCGAUCAUCCUAGAUACCGGGGUGAGCGAUUACUUUGGCACGGACGCCCAGGUACAAGUCUCCGCCUCCUCUGGACAGAGGCGGACACCCACGGAACGAACCGCCAUCAAGUCUUGA